AUGAAUGAAAAGAAUUACCGUGAUUGUUUGCUAUGGGAAAAUCAAGGGUGCUCAAAUUUGAACUCGAAUAACUUAGAUGGGAGUGAAGAGAAGUUUGCGGGUGACAAGUUGUCAGAUCCAAACAGGUCAAAUACUAGUUAUGAUCAGCAGCGGACAACCGCUAAGGAGACUAAAGCGGCUGCCCGCGGCAGAAAAAGAACGGCGAGCGGCCGCAAAGAAAGUGAUGAAGCAAAGUGUGGUGGUGAAGGAGAAUCAGAUCAUGAGAUACACAUAUGGACAGAGAGAGAAAGGAGAAAGAAGAUGAGGAAUAUGUUCUCUAAUCUUCAUGCUUUGCUUCCUCAACUUCCUCCUAAGGCUGACAAGUCCACCAUUGUUGAUGAAGCAGUGAACUACAUCAAAACACUGCAGAAUACUCUUCAGAAGCUUCAAAAACAGAAGCUAGAAAAGCUUCAUUGCUUAACAGCUACAAUGAAUAGUAAUGAUUUUUCGAUAAUUACUUCACAGAAAUUACUAGAGAGUAAUAACAGGGAGCUAUUUUUGGCUGAUCAAGGAUCUACCAGUAACUCAACUGCUAUUACACCAACCAAUAAUAAUAAUAAUACAACUCCCCUUUUGAAUAUUCCAGCAGUAUUUCAAACAUGGACUUCUCCAAAUGUGAUACUAAAUGUUUGUGGAGAAGAAGCUCAUAUUAGUAUUUGUUGUCUCAAGAAACCUGGAAUUUUAAGUGGCAUUUGUUUUGUUUUGGAGAAAUAUAAGAUAGAAAUGGUAUCUACUCAAGUUUCAUCAGAUCAUUAUAGAAGCUUGUACAUGAUUCAAGCCCAUGCAACAGGUGGAAGUACAUUGAAUCAAUUCUCCGAAGCAUUGACAGUGGAAGAAAUAUACAAACAAGCAGCAGGAGAGAUAAUGUUGUGGGCAACUUCCAAAUGAUACAGCUAUAAAAUACGAGAGUUGAAGAAUUUUGCGAUUUUUAUUUUAUAUACGGAGAGGAGGAAUG